ACAUAUGCUGUGUCUUUAGUGACUUUAUAGAUCACAGAAACACUCAUCAGUCUUCUCUCUUCAACAGCAUACGAUAUCAUUUUGUCCAUUACCUAAUUUUUACUUCUCAAACUAAUCCACCUCCUCCUUUUCUUCUUGUCCUUUUCUCAUGCACUACUCUAUAUUUUAGACUUCAACACCAAACACUCUUCUAUAAGCUCCCAUUUCCUCAACUCACUAAACCUAUGACGACAUGGAACCUUCUAUUCCUUUUCUUCUUCCUUAUUCCCACACGUGCCGACCUCCCUGGCACGUGGGAACUCCUCGUCCCCGACGCCGGAAUUUCCUCCAUGCACACAGCUGUCACACACUUCAACACCGUCGUCCUCCUUGACCGCACCAGCAUCGGUCCUUCCAGGAAAAAACUACCUCCCCACCAUUGCCGUGUGGACCCUAAUGACCCCAUUUUGAAAAAAGACUGUUAUGCCCACUCUGUUCUUCUUGAUUUGCAAACAAACACAAUUCGUCCCCUCAUGAUCCUCACCGACACGUGGUGUUCCUCUGGCCAGUUUCUCCCUGAUGGUACACUUCUUCAAACCGGCGGCGACCUUGACGGGUUCCGUAAAUUUCGAAAAUUCACUCCUUGUGAAUCUUCUAGCUCCAUCUGUGAUUGGGAAGAACUUCAAGAAAUUCAACUUUCACAAGGUAGAUGGUAUUCCACUAAUCAAAUACUACCAAACGGUGAAAUCAUAAUUGUCGGUGGCCGUGCAGCUAAUAGUGUGGAAUUUUUCCCACCAAGAAAAGAAGGAGCAUUUGAAUUCCCAUUUUUAACUCAAGCUGCAGAUAAACAAUAUGAUAAUCUUUACCCUUAUGUUCAUUUACUACCCAACGGACAUCUAUUCAUAUUUGCCAACAACAAAGCUGUUAUGUAUGAUUUUACAGCAAAUAAAGUAGUAAAAGAUUAUCCAACACUUGAUGGUGGGCCAAGAAAUUACCCAUCAGCAGGAUCAUCAGCUAUGCUUGCACUUACAGAGGAUUAUUCUAGAGCGAUCAUUGUAAUAUGUGGUGGAGCUCAAUUUGGUGCGUAUUUAGAAAGGAGUAUAGAUACACCUGCACAUGGGAGUUGUGGUAGAAUUGAAGCAACUGGUGAGAACCCAGUUUGGGAAAUGGAAGAUAUGCCUUUUGCAAGAAUCAUGGGUGAUAUGGUAAUGUUUCCAACCGGAGAAAUUCUCAUCAUUAAUGGAGCUCAAGCAGGAACACAAGGCUUUGAAAUGGCAUCAAAUCCAUGUUUAAACCCUGUUUUAUACAGACCAAAUGAACCAUUAGGACUUCGUUUCAUGACUUUGAAUCCUGGUACAGUACCAAGAAUGUAUCAUUCAACAGCCAAUUUAUUACCAGACGGUCGAAUCUUGAUCGCAGGAAGUAACCCACACUUUUUUUACAAGUUUGCAACAGAAUUUCCAACCGAAUUACGUAUCGAAGCGUUUUCUCCGGAGUAUUUAUCACCCGACAGAGCAAAUCUUAGACCAGUAAUAAUCGAAUCACCGGAAAAGAUCAAGUACGGUGAAGAUUUCGGGGUGGUGGUGACAGUUGAGCUGCCAGUGGUUGGGAUUGUGGAGGUGAAUUUAGCAAGUGCUCCAUUUUCUACACAUUCAUUUUCACAAGGACAAAGGCUUGUGAAGUUGAGUGUAACAAGUGCGAUUCCUAAUGAUGUCGCCGGAAAAUAUAGGAUCGGAUGUACAGCUCCGCCUGACGGGAAGGUGGCGCCACCAGGGUAUUACAUGGUAUUUGCAGUAAACCAAGGGGUGCCCAGUGUGGCACGGUGGAUCCAGGUUGUGGUUUGAAAGCUCUUUUUUUUUUUUUUUUUUCUAUUUAAUUUUUAUUAUUUGAUAUUUUCUUUUUUUUUUUCUUUAUUUUUAUUUAGUUUUGGAUAUAAAUGUGAUAGGUUUCCUCAAAUAUUAUGGAUUCUGAAAAGUCUGAAUGAGACUGCAGAGUCUAUUAUUUUAUCCUUUCAAAUAAGUUGGAAAGAUAAUGAAAAGUACAAUUAC